AUGACAACCAACAUCAGUGAAUGUGUGAACUCGGUGCUAAAGGGAACUCGAAACCUCCCGGUCACAUCGUUGGCAUUGGCCAAGGCAAUUGAUCGGAAUCUAAGAGACUCAAAGUGCUUCACUGUCACGUUAUACGACAGGCAUCAAUCGGAGUACACCGUGGCCGAGACAACACCAACCGGGCGCUUCUCGCUGGGUAGCUAUAGAGUUUCCCUUAAAGAUCACAGAUGUGACUGUGGCCACAUUCAGGCGCUGCAUUAUCCUUGUUGCCAUGCCAUUGCAUGUUGCGCCUACUCCCGCCUUAAUUGGGCGUCAUAUGUUCACGAGGUCUAUCGUAUGAGUGAAGUUUUCAACGUUUACAAGCAGGGUUUUGUUUCGCCUAUCCCGGAAGGCCUAUGGCCUCCAUAUGCUGGGCCAACCAUUAUUCCUGAUCCUAACAUGAGGCGUGCAAAGGAAGGUCGUCCAAGGGCAACUAGGAUCCGUGGUAGUAUGGAUCAGUCUCUGGAGAACCAGCCAAAGCGCUGUGGGCUAUGCCGUUAG